GUUGCUGCUUGCCUGAUUCCCUAAACAAAUGAGAAAACGGUGUCGCAUUUAUAAUACCCAUUCAUUCAUUCAUGCAUGACUCAUGAAUUGAUAUGUAGUCUCAUCUCAUCGCCUCCGCUGUAGAGUGUGAUUUCUUUCUUAUUCAUUUUAACAUCGAUGGAUACUGGGCAACCUUCUUCGUCUAGUAACAACUACAAGACUGAUAGUGGUCUUGUUUUGAAGAACGAAGACCUUCUUUAUAGCAUAUUGUGUAAACUGCCCGCCCGGUCCUUUGCUUCAUCGGCAUGGGUUUGCAAAAUUUGGCACAAAGUCUGCAAUCAGAUCCUCGCUCGCCCUAAAAUCGCCUCCGCUUUUUCCCUCCACACUACCUCUCGGAUAGCUGUAAACGAGGUUGUUGAUAAGGUGCUAUCAGCACCCAUUCGACCACAUUUUGCCAUUGCAAACGUGGGCAGCGGAUUUCACUUUAACCAGACCAUUCAAUGGUUAGCACGAGGUUUGGGAUCCCAAACUCCAAUUAUUGUGUCGCAUGCUCGUGGAAUAAUGGGCAGACAUGCUGUCACUGAUCAGUUUCAAGAGGCGAAAUUUGCGGAUUUUGACUAUCAUGCUUGUAUACACGAAGGAAGCACAGGGAUUUUAUUGAUAGUAGGCUCUGUUCCGGGAGUAAAAGUUGAUGCUAUUCCGCUACUAAAGCUAAAGAGGCAGAUACAGGGAAAAUUCAGUUCCAUCUUGUAGUGUCAAAAGGUGUUACAGCAAUAGGUCCAAGGCACAGGGUAGUUUCUGUUGGAGCAGAUACCCUUUGUUGUGACACAUGGCUUACUGCCAGAAGAGAAGGAAAUCAACAGGUCCCUGAUGGUCUACAAAUUUUGGAUCAUAUAUAUGAUGAGGUUUGAGCUUCACCCAAAAACGCUUCUUGUCUGAAAAUUAAUUGUCAAAACUGCAAAUAAUUCCUACUUCCGGUUCUUUUGAACUAAAAAGAUAAACAGAUGGAAAAUGAUGUUCCGUGGCCCAAAUUAUACAUUGGGGUUACAAAGUGAAGAGAGUGCUCCAUUGGGUCAGAAAAUCCAGGGCUGAUUACUUCCUUGGCAUUCUAUGGAGUUGUUGAGUAGGAUGUUAUUUUUACUCUAAUCUGCUUUUGGCUUAAUUUAUCUUCUGAUGUUUUUGAUGUAAUUGAAAUUAAAAUUUUUACACGUUAAUUGUCGUUUGUUAUAUCAUGUAUUGAAUUUUUCCAAUUGGCUGGAAGUUUUGAAUUUUUCCAAUCAGCUGUCUGAUUUGAUUAGUAUAGCCAGCCGAGUUAUCUGAACUAGAAUUUUACUCUGUGAAUUAAAAUUGAUUGAUUAUGGAAUAAAAGUCUCUGUGUAAUCUAUUUAGCCUUACUCGUGUUCCUAAUUACUAAAGCAAUUUUGUUAAUGCUGGGUAUCUAAUUAGAUUUCUCUUCUUGUAACCGGUUUGGGAUUGUUAAAAAGUAACUAAUAUCUUUUAGUAAUCCUUUUCGCGUAAAACUUACGACAGAAGUCUUUGUUUUUCAGUGGAGAUUAGCAGUACCUUUAUGCUGAUGGUGUUGGUAACCGACGUGGUGACUAUUUCCAGUUUUAUCAUGAAUUUACAGUUACUGCAUUAGCUUCAAGUCGUAAUGUCAACACAAAGUUCAGAAAUCUGAAGGCAGAGUACGGUUCCAACAAUUGCCUCCUCAGAAGGGGUAUUACUGAUGUUGUUGGUAAGGAAGUACUAGGAGGCUUUAUUUUCUCCUGCCGUGGCCGUGGAGAUCCAUUCUUUGGAUGCUGUAAUGUUGGUAGUAACUCAUUCACGGAGAACUUUCCUCAUGUUCCAAUGGCAGGAAUAUUUUGUGGUGGGGAAUUCGGAUGUGGAUCUUCCAGUUUGAUGGGGCAAGAAAUUCAAGAAGAAAGCUCUACUCGUUCUAUUCUGCAUGUUUUUAGCAGGGUUUAUUUGUUGAUGCCAUAUACACCAGUUUGUCCAGAGCGUUAGACAUUGGUUAAAGCUUUCAUGUCUAAAGAUAGGUGGAACCUUGUUGAAGAUGAGUAAACUGUUACUAGGAUUUGCUUAAAAUAAUUUGAAUUUGCAGCUUUUCUUGUAGCACAGAGGUCACUUUGAUUGUGCAUAUAGAAAAAUUAUGGUUUAGAAUGAAUUGUCAUGACAAGGCUUUAUGAUAAUAUGUUAUUGGUGUGAUGAGAA